UCGAAACAAACAUGGCGGAAGACGAAGUACAACUCGCACAAACCGCCUUAGCUGGCGGAGAUACUAUUUUUGGAAAGAUAUUAAGGAAGGAAAUACCGGCGAAAUUCGUCUACGAAGAUGAUCAGUGUGUGGCCUUCCGAGAUGUGAACCCACAAGCCCCCACUCACAUUCUGGUGAUACCUCGCAAGCCUAUUCCUCAACUAUCAAAGGCUGAAGAUGAAGAUGAACAGCUACUUGGGCAUCUGUUGACAACGGCUCGAAAAGUAGCCGCGCAAGAGGGUCUUGACAAGACUGGCUUCAGACUUGUCAUCAAUGAUGGUCGCAACGGGGCUCAGACUGUCUACCAUCUCCAUAUACACAUCAUUGGAGGCCGACAACUAGGCUGGCCACCUGGCUAAAAUGCUAUGUUCCUAAUAACAAUA